GCUGACGCGUCAAUUUAACAACAUUUUCUCUCGUGUUCCUCAAUACAAUUUAUUCACUGAGCCGUGCGCCCUUCACUCACUCUGCAAAUUGACUGUUGCUGGAGCUAAACCUCAUUUUCCAUGGUGAUGUUGGAGCUAGCUCGUGUAUAUCUCGACUAAUCCAGAGAUUACCUAUUACCUCCCAUCAGCGGAGGUACUGGGUAAUUCUGCUCACGAAAGCUUGCACAGAUUGCAAGGGUUGGCCUAGUGUCGACUCCCCGGGAUUUGUACAACCAAAGGCUCAAUUUCAAGCUGCUAUCUUAAAUCAGCUUCGAUAAGCAAUGCCUCCAAACUCUAGGGUCGAUUGUGCAUUUCGUGCUAUGAAAGCUAUCGGGAUUUCUGGAGACAAGGUGAAGCCAGUGUUGAAGAAACUUUUAAAACUGUAUAAUAAAAAUUGGGACCCUAUAGAAGAGGAGAACUAUAGGGUCCUUGCAGAUGCGAUAUUUGAAAACGAGGAAUCAAAGGAAACAGAAAAUAAAAAGUCAUCCGAGAAUCCCGAACAAGAGGAGCUGGUGCAAGAUGAGCCUGAACCACCUCUAAAAAGGCAGCGGUUAAAAAAUCAAUUAAGUCAACCAUAUGAUUCUCCUGAAUCUCAUGUGCAAAACCAGCCACUGGGUGUUCUAGUUUCCUCUCAAUCCAUGGGUGACGAAUCACAGGCUGGAUCUUGUCCAUCACUUGGUAGAAACAAAGGAAAGCAACCUAUUUCAUCCAAUUCUUUAGUACCACAGGGAGGAUCUCCUUUAUCUCAGCCUUCUAACAUAGGCAAGAGCCUUCCAGUUUCUAGGAGAGCUGGAUCUAUUUCUGGUAAUGGAAUCCCAGUGUCGCCUACAACGAAAUCCAAUGCUAACCAUGCUUUUAUCAAACCUAAGGAUGAGCCGAUCACUGAUGACCUGCCACAUCUUGAA